GAGGGGCCCAAACACCAAGUUAGGAACACGCAAACAACACACACAUACGCCUCUCCCUGCCACUUCUACAGCUCUUCCAGUACGGUUUUCCUUACAAUUUUCUUCAUACAUUUCAUCUAUACCGAUAACUACAAGCACAUUUCACGACCUUGAACAUGGAGCGAUUUAGGAGUUUGUUGGGCGGCGGUGGCAUGGGUUUGGGAGGAGUUACUCCAGGCACGGAUAACAUAAGCUUGAUCGAUAACUCAGAGACAGUCUACAUCUCAUCCUUAGCCCUGCUGAAGAUGCUCCGACACGGCCGAGCAGGUGUGCCGAUGGAAGUAAUGGGUCUCAUGCUGGGCGAGUUCGUCGACGAUUUCACAGUCAAGGUCAUGGACGUGUUUGCCAUGCCCCAGAGCGGAACUGGUGUCAGUGUUGAAGCCGUCGAUCCCGUAUUCCAGACCAAGAUGAUGGAUAUGCUGCGGCAAACUGGAAGACCGGAAGCUGUCGUCGGAUGGUACCACUCGCACCCUGGAUUUGGCUGCUGGCUUUCUUCUGUUGACAUCAAUACUCAGCAGUCGUUUGAGCAGCUGAAUCCCCGUGCAGUGGCUGUCGUUGUCGAUCCUAUACAGUCGGUGAAAGGCAAGGUCGUCAUUGAUGCUUUCCGACUCAUCAAUCCACAGCUCCUCAUGAUGGGUCAGGAACCCAGACAGAGUACAAGCAACCUUGGACAUUUGAACAAGCCGUCCAUCCAGGCUUUGAUCCACGGACUCAACCGACACUACUACUCGAUUGGCAUCAACUACCGCAAGACGGCACUAGAAGAGAAUAUGCUCAUGAACCUCCACAAGCACGUAUGGACGGAAGCUCUAGAAAUGGACGAUUUCCGGACAGAGGGACAGAAGAACAAGGAGCGUCUGGAGAGACUAGUCAGCCUGGCAGAUGGCUAUGAGAAGAGAGUCAAGGAGGAGACUGAGCUGACUAAGGAGCAGCUCAAGACCCGCUACGUUGGCAAGCUGGACCCCAAGAAGCACUUGGAGGAUGUGGGCCAGGAGCUGAUUGAGGACAACAUUGUGUCGGUGUCGAGGCAGAUGAUUGACAAGGAGGCGACGAUGCCAAAGAAGAACGGGGCACUGGGAGCAGCGGCCCAAUCAAGUGAGGACCAGAUGGAGACGGAGGAGGAGUUAUAAGGGAGGAUCAAACCAGGGAGAGCAACCAUUACCACGGCUUCUUUCGCACUACUUGGAGCUACUGCUACUGCAUAUAACAAAGGUGGUGGUAGUUGGGCAGCACUUGGGAAAUACUUGGGAACAGAACCGUAAUAUUUGUUUUUAAAAAAUGAAAAUAAAAACUAAACUGCUGCUAAAAUGAAGCUUGGAAUGACACGAACGGGUCCUCGGGGCGGUGACGGUGUAUCAGACAACAUGCUGAUAUAUGUUGGGGCGGUGGCUGGUCAUAUGGUGGUUGUUGCGUGACCAUGAGCGAAUAGUAGUGUCCGCAUGCGUGUAGUGUAGUGUUACCAGCUGGUUCGUAUGAGAGAGGAUAGCCAAGCGUCACGGGAGACAAAAUGAUGGCAGAAAUAUCAUGUUAGGAUUAUUUCUAGCAAAAGAAAAAAAA